UCUCAUGAGCUGGCUCGAUCGGCACAACCUACCACACCAAAGAGCUGGAUCAAGAGCUACAUAUGAUGAGUCAACUGACAGAAAAACCCACAGCAACAGCUACACUUCAAAGCCAGCAGCUUCCACAUCAAGCAGAUUUGGUCAUCCAAGGCUUCAGGCGUCUUAUUGCCGAGUACGACCUGUCUGGGUCGGCUGGCAAUACAACGGAUAUCUCUUUGGAUCACCCCGCUGCGCUCGAAGGAGGAUAUCCUAGCCGAACUGGGUUCAAGCCUGCUACCUCUGCUCAAACAGCAAAUCACCAGUCUUUCACAAGCCCUGGACAACCCAGACCAGUUGCGUCAAGACCUCGGUCCAACGCUCCAGCUCAUCCUAGAGUUACAACCGAAACUUGCGCAGACCUUGUAUCGAAUCAUUCGCGCUAUUGACCACCUCGUUCCCCCCGAAGGACCUGAAUCAAGCCCAACGAUCGAUCAACACAUGAAAGAAUUGAAGCAUUACAGACUUCGCCGCUUGGAUACCUCCAUCCGAGUACACUUGAGGGCAGAAAUUCGGCACUUUUUUCUCGCUUCUUGUCGGAUUAUUGAAGCAAUCAAACUUCCAACUCAACAACGCUCGACUCCCAUCGGAUAUCUAUUAUUUGGGAUCAGCGACCCGAUUGAUAGAGCCGUCCGAUGGAUAGAAGCAUCUGAAUUUCUUCUUCUCCAAAAUUGGUGGUUGCGAGCACUAGGCGAUAUUGAAGAUGCAGUCGAGGACCUCUUGGUCGUUGCCAAUCCAACUAACAGACAUAUCAGAGGACCGCUCCCUCAGCUUGCUCAAUCUUCCCUCCCACUCCUCAAGCUCAUCAGACUGUUCUUUAAUAAAUUCUUCGACCUGGGCUUAGCCAAGGAAGAGCUCGUAAAAUCAUAUACAGAUAUGUCGACCGAGCAACUCCUCUCGUUCGAAAAAUUCGCUCAAGAUAUCGCCGAAGCGAUCCUUGGUUUGGUAUGUGGGUUGCAAGAGGAAGAAGAUGAAGUGGUUGAUCAAGCACAGAUCAGCCUGGAUUUCAUGCAUCGAGUCAAAAGCCUCUCUCCUCUAUUUCAAUCCCUGUUACUUCUUUCAAACCUUUACAUUAUCCCUCUUUUCCCUGAUUCCGACCUUUCUCCUUCUCAAAUUUCCUUCAAACCUUGGCUAGUCACUUGGUAUACUCUCUUCUUUCAAGCUACAAAUAAUGCUAUCAAAACUGCCAACUUAUUGUCUCAAGAUCUAGAUUAAGCUUCUUUCUUUUUUUUACUCCUUUCGUUUUUUUUAUGUAUUUUUUCAUGGACACCUUCACCACAUCUUGCAUUUUUCAAAACUCGUUGUUCCUGAUAGCUUUUAGUGUAACACUUCUGUGCAAGAUUAGAUGUUUGUUCUGUUUUGACAAAUACAUUGUGAAAUUUAGUGAUAUCACCAGCCUUGAA